AGAAUGAAGAAUAAGUAAACACCAAAACAAAACAAGACCGAAAUGACAACAUGAGUAAAAGGCUAAGGUCAACAUAGUCAGAAUAGCGUACCUUUAAAUCCCAUGUAAACAGGACAAGAAAACGGUUAAAAACAAGAAUUAUUAAACGUUACGGCCUGAGAUGCAAGGCCGGGUAACGCUAGGAGGCAUCAUCUGGAUUACCUUACUGAUCUCGUCAUGGUUGACGUGUACAGAUGCAUCAUGCAGUAACUGUCUCAACCCAACACUGUGUAACGUUGGAUCGAAUGGUACUGCUAUAUGCACAGAUUACCAAUGUAUAAGAGGAUACACCAAUGCUCCAGCAUGUAAUAUACCAUGCAGUGCUGGCUUCUUCGGAGUGAACUGUGCAAGGAUCUGCCACUGUAUCAAGGACUCUCUUUGUUCAACCAUCAAUGGAGAAUGUACCAACUGUUCUUCUGGCACAGGCUCCUGUACUUCAGCCCCUUGUGACCCAAGAUGGUCCGGAGCUGGCUGCCAGACAUUACUACCUGUGAUAACCUCCAGUGAGCCUUUCAUGUCUGAGGUGACAUGUUCAGAGAUGACAGUGUCCUGGUUUAAGUGGGACGAGGCCAUAGAUGUAGGAGAGCCCCCUGUUGGCCAAUAUAGGGUUGAAUAUGAAACAAACAGCAGUGCCAUUUGGACAGAGUUUACAAGAGUCGCCCAUGUAGAUGAGACGGGGCAGUACAAUGCCACACUUUAUAAUGUAACUGAAGGUACCACAUACAGCUUCCAUGUGAGAUCAGCUAGGGUGAAGUAUGGAAAAUACACAGUUGGUAUUCCAGGUAGUGCCUCAUCCCCAGUCCUGCCAAACUGUCCAACCCCUACUCCAGAAACUACUACCAUGGCAACAACAUUGGAAAUUACAACAACACCGGUAAUUACAACAACAAUGGAAAUUACAACACCAGAAAUUACAACACAGAAAAUGACAACAACUGAGAAAAUUACAACAACUGAAGAAAUUACAACUGAGCUACUAACAACAGAACCGCCUACCACUAUUACUUCUACCACCACAGCUACCACCACAGCUCCAAUCACAACAACCCACAUUCCUACAACAGCUACUUCACCUACUAUAGCUACUACAACAGAGGAAAUUACAACAACUGAGGAAAUUACAACUGUAGUGAUUACAACCACAUCUAUUCCAACAACAACUACAACCAUACUGACUGUGCCAGGUCAGGUUCAGGAGAUUGUCAUAGGGAAUGUGACAGGUUCAGAGGUGGAGAUCAGUUGGCUGCCCCCUGAUCCCAGUACCUCCCACCCUCCGACAUCUUACAGAGUUAGUACAAACAUGUUGAAUAUAGGUGACUGCAAGGGCAGUAUAGCUCCUGAUGAGAAGUCAAUAGAUGUCCCUAGCAACACUACUAGACUAAGGAUAGAGGCUAUGAGUCCAUGGAGCAGCUACAACAUUACAGUUAUAGCCAUCAAUGAUGCUGGGGAGAACACUGGGAGAAGUGUACAGGUUGUUACACCCGCUGUAGGCCCCACGUAUAGUGUCCAGGAUGUCAAUGUUGGGAACAUUACCUCACGCUCAGUCUACCUGACUUGGAGCAUGGUCCCCUGUGCUGCACAGAAUGGUCCAGCUGUGGGGUAUGAUGUGGUCAUGCGUGGCAGGGGACUCUCUACUACUAUAAAUAGAACAGAAGAGCUCUAUAUGAAUGUCACCUGGCUGGUGCCAUACACAGAAUAUGAGCUGAAUGUUGUAUUUGUCAAUAAUGUCGCACAUGGACCUGAGGUUUCACCUAUAAUAUUUUCUACAGAAGAGUAUGUACCAGGGGCCCCAAUGAAUGUCAACAUAGGCAAAGUAACGAGCACUUCAGUCCUGGUCACAUGGGAGCCCCCAAGACAUCCUAAUGGCAUCAUUACCAACUAUACAGUUACCAUCUUGGACACGGAGGACAGUGUUGUGGAUGAGAUCACCAUGACAACUACUGACAACAUGAAUGUGUCAAAUCUAUAUUGGAAUUCUACAAAAUUAAAGCCAUUUGUGACACAUUCUGUGAAGGUUACAGCUCAUACAAAAAUUGGGCCAGGUGUACAAUCAGCCCCUCAACAAUUCACUACCCUGGAGGACCUACCUACAACAGCAUCUAGCUUCACGAGAACAUUCCGCAAUAUUUCCUGUAUUACAGUAUCAUGGGAUAUACCUAAUCAGCCUAAUGGAAACAUACUCAGUUAUAAUCUCACUUUGAAGGCAGGUGAAAGUCACUCUAGUAUUGACAUCACAGAGACUGUGCACAUCUCAACUGAUCCCUUCACCUUCUCAUACACUGUGUGUGAACUGUUCCCUGCUACCAACUACAAGUUCACUGUGGCAGCGAUGAAUGGCGCUGGUAUAGGUCCAAAGGUUGAGAUGGAUAUAUGGACAGAACAAGGUGUCCCUCCUCAACCUGAUGCUCCUAUUAUACAAGAAGUAGGCAGUAGUAAUAUCAUUGUGACACUAAAACCUGUCAUACUAAAUGCUGGUCCCCUAACAGCUUACUAUGUAAUCUCAGAGAUAAGUUCUGCUGAAAGGACAAGACGCCAAACUAUAGGAGAUGAAUGUCUUCCAGCUUCUGAAUUAGGAUUCCCAUCAGGUUGUUUCCAAGCUAAAUUGUUAAAUAAUGAUUUACGACAGGACAUUAAGUUUACAGUUGGAGAUAAUCGCACAUAUAAUGGCGUCCAAAACUGGCCAUUGAUGUCUGAGAGUGAAUAUUAUAUUACACUAGGUGUGGAGAGUACACUUGAUGGGGUCACUAAGGUAAAUUGGGCAGGAUUGGUCACUCCUGUGAAAACAACCGCAAUAUUGAUGCCCAUUACUGGUGGGGCCAUGAGUACCACUAUAAUCAUCCUCCUUGCUGUCCUCAUCCCCCUUUGUGUGAUCAUUAUCAUCAUCAUCAUAGUUAUUGUCGUUAUUCUCCUGAAGAAGCGUAAAUCAAACAAAGAGGAUGAUAUAUCAUGGUUGAGCUACUAUAAGAACCAGUAUGGCAGUGAGACAGGAAGGGGUACACUUGCAUGGAGUGACAUACAUGGAUUGAAUGAAUCACGUCACAUUACAACCUCCAUUGAUAGCCAUGGUCCUAAUAUACUCAAUACAACUGAUCUCAAUGACACUAUACCCAUUGUUGAUUUUUGUGACCCAGAAAAAGCCAACAUGCUGUCAUUUGAACAAGAAUAUAACAGAUUACCCCAUGGUCAGCACAAGAAUUGGGACGUGGCUAUUCGCCCAGAAAAUGAUAUCAAGAACCGUUUUGGACAUCUUUUGGCAUAUGACCACAGCAGAGUGAUCCUACUCGAGCCAGAUGAGCAAGUUCAAUCUGACUACACUAAUGGCAAUUAUAUAGAUGGCUAUAAGAAACAUCAUGCAUUUAUCGCGGCUCAGAGUCCUUUCAAUGACGUUACCAUCAGUGACUUCUGGCAGGUGAUUGUACAAGAGAAUGUUGCACAGGUUGUCAUGAUUACGAACCUUGUAGAGGACAAAAUCGUAAAAUGUGAACAGUAUUGGCCUGACUCCGAUACAUACAAUCUUGGUUCUAUGAUCAUCCGACAUGUGAAAACAAUAGAUUUUGCCAAUUACGUUAUUCGAACAUUUGAAAUGUUUAUCGAAGGUAGCCCCAAAAGGCAGCUACAGCAGUAUCAAUAUCUAACAUGGCCAGAUCAUGGAGUACCCCCAGAUCCUAUACCCUUUAUAGACUUUGUUAAGAAGGUUGAAUUGAACAAACAUUCCGAAGAUGGUCCUAUACUGGUGCAUGAUGGCACUGGGGUUAGCCGUUGCGGAGUGUUCAUAGCACUGAACAGACUUUUCAAACAGGCAAAAUCAGAAGGCCAAGUGAAUGUGUAUAAAUGUGUCAGUAGGAUGAGGAACAGCAGAAUCUCAAUGGUGCGAACAUUCCAUCAGUAUCAGUUCAUCUAUGACUGCCUUAUGGAAGAACUACACAUAAGCAACAACAUCGCUGACUUUGAACUGAAGACCAUGUACAAGAACAUCACAGCUCACAAUGAGGACUCUGGGAAAACAUACCUAAGGGAACAGUUUGAGAGUUUGUGUGAAUUCACUCCUGAAAUACCAAAGGAGAAAUGUAAAAGCGCAUACAGGUACCAAAACAUUGAUAAGAAUAGAGUCGACGAGAUAGUCCCCGCUGAUGACCACCGACCAUAUAUUGUGACUCCAGGGGGUCUGAACAGGACAGAUUAUAUCAAUGCAGUGUACAUGGACUCGUAUAUUAAAUCUGAUGGCUUCAUUAUCACUCAGAGUCCCUUGCCAGACACAAUCAUUGACUUCUGGAAGCUGAUCUAUGACUACAAGAUCAACACAAUUGUUAUGCUCAAUGAUAGGGGAUUCAAGGAUGAAUCCUGUCCUGACUACUGGCCCCAUAAGCCAGGGGUCCAUCAUUAUGACCCAAUGCUUAUCAACCUCAUUAACACACAUUCCGAGGACUCUGUCACAAUACGAACAAUAAAACUUCAAAAUGCUCAAAAACCUACUGAGGAACCCAUGCAAGUCAAACAAUUUCAAUUCAAUGGGUGGCCAGUAUAUGAAAAGCUACCAACAUCACGAGAAGCCUUCAUUAGCCUCAUUGAGCUGAUCCAGGGAUGGCACAGCCAUUCUGAUGACCCAGAUAGCCCUAUAGUGGUUCACUGUAUAGAUGGCGCCACUAGGAGUGGUUUGUUCUGCUCUGUGUGGACGUUGUUUGAGAAGAUGGCCAAUGACAAUCAGGCGGAUGUUUAUCACACGGUGAAGCAUAUGAAACGUAGAAGAUAUCAGGUCAUAAACAGUCUGGAGCAGUACAGGUUCUGCUACAAAAUAUUAUGGGACUUUAUAAACACUAGAAUGAUGGGAAGAAAACGCAAAUCAAAACUGGGAAAUUCGUCAAGAUCUGGGGACAAGUUAGGAACAACCAGAAGAGACAGUCUUUCUUACACAACCCUAUAUGACUAAAACAAAACUGGUAAAUUGUAUGAUUCCCAUGCUGUUCUUAUCCUGAAGCAGACUUUAAAAUAUAUACUACUAAGCUUUAUGAGAAGGUUUAGCAAUGUGUUUCAAAUUUCAAUAAUAAAACAUUCAUGUUGCUGUCAAAAGUUACAUAACUGAAAUUUUCACCAAAAAGUGUGCCAACCAUUUAAGGAAAUUCUUGUAUUCAGUAAUAAUCUGAGAGAGAAAACAUCUAAAAUUGCACAUAUAAUUAAUUAAAUGUAACAAUUUUUAUGAAUGAAAAAUAUCAUGAUUAUAAAUGUUAAGAGAUAAUUUUACAGAGCC